AUGGAACCUAACAAUCAUGAGAAUGACGGGGGUGAGUGUGAUUGGAAGCCUAGAGUUCGCAUGACAUUUGAUACAGAACAAGAAGCAUAUGAUUUCUAUAAUACUUAUGGAGGAAGGUUAGGCUUUAGUAUUAGAAGGGGUUAUGUAAACAAGAGCAAAGAGGGGCAAAUUACUUCAAGGCAAUUUGUUUGUAAUAAGGAAGGAUUUCGAGUUGUCAACAAGCGAGAUCCAUUAACAAAAAAUCCUAGGCAGGAAGUGAGGACUGGUUGUCAAGCCCGACUUGUCAUUAAGUGGGAUAGGAAUAUUCAAAAAAAUUUUGUUAGUGAUUUUGUUGAACAACAUAAUCAUAUAUUCGUACCAGCAGAAUGUACUCAUAUGUUACCAUCCCAAAGGAAGAUAUCUGCAUCACAGGCAACCGAAAUAGAUUUAGCCGAAAAAUCUGGAAUCCGUCUUAAUGCUGCAUUUGAGCUCAUGGGUAAUGAAGUUGGUGGAAGGGAGUCGCUUGGGUUUACAAAACUUGACCAAAAAAAUUAUUUGAGAACGAAGAGGCAAAACAGUUUAGCAUAUGGGGAGGCAGGUAGCAUUUUGCAAUAUUUUCGUGACAAAUCAUUGGAGAAUCCAUCUUUUUUUUACUCGGUCCAAUUAGAUAACGAUGAGCAGAUUACAAACAUAUUUUGGGCCGAUGCUCAGAUGAUCAUGGAUUAUGGGCAAUUUGGUGAUGUUGUCACUUUCGACACUACUUACAAGUUAAAUAGUGCACAUAGACCAUUUGCGUCUUUUGUUGGAUUAAACCAUCAUAGGGAAACUAUGGUAUUUGGUGCAGCUUUGAUGUAUGAUGAGACCGCCGAUUCUUUCGUAUGGCUUUUUAGAAGAUUCUUGGAGGCAAUGUCAAGUAAGGCUCCAAAAACAAUUUUUACGGAUCAGGAUGCUGCAAUGGCUAAGGCCAUACCUAUUGUCAUGCCUAACACAACCCACCGCCUUUGCACUUGGCAUUUGAUGCAAAAUGCAUUAAGGCAUGCAAAUUCUAUCUUCAAGGAUAAGGCGAUGAAGGAUAAGGGAAUGAAGAGUGUUUUAUACACGUUUAUGUACGACAUUGAGGAUGAGGAAGAGUUUAUGUUAAAAUAG